AUGAUCUCUUCGUUGCAGCGCAGUAAACCAGCUCCCGUCGGCCUGCUGAGCUCCUUCGUGCAGCGCCAGGCGUCCAAUGGAGAGAGGAGCCCCAGCGAGGAGAUGUCAGCAGAAGCAGCUGAGUCAGCCAAGGAGGAGCUGGAGGAGGAGAGGAGGGUGCAGGCGCUGAGACGCGGGAGCUCGGGGAGUCUAAGGGAUCUGAUCCGAUCCAAGAUGAGGCGAAACUCGGCGAGCACCCGCAACAAGCUCGAGCAGAUGCAGCGACUCAUGCUCAAGCGCAAGGGAACCACGUUGGCCGACCUGCGCAAGUACACGCUGGAGCUCGAGCGGUUCGCGAAGAAGGAGAGGAGCGGCAGGUCAGAGGACGAAGAGACGCGGGACGAAAUGCAGCGAGUGCGAGAGAUGCUGGAGGAGAUGAAGGACGCGCUGUUCUUCGAGUCCUUGACCGAGAGCCAGAUGGCGGUGCUCAUGUCUGACUGCGCGUUCAAGCAGUACGAGCCCGGGGAGGUGGUGGUGAGGGAGAAGGAGCGAUGCCUGGCUCUCUUUGUCCUCGUGCAGGGGGGCAUCGGGGAGUACAAGGGCAUCGAAGAGCUCGGGGCUUCUCCCAUAGCCGACCCGAUCCGAUUGUACUCCAAGAGGGUCAAGCUGCUCGACCAGCCCCUCGAUCAGUUCUGCAGCCUCUCCCUCUUCCUCGGCAGCCCCUCCAAGGCAACCUACGCCGCCGUCUACCCCUCGCAAGUCUUCAAGAUCCCGGCUUCUGCCAUACAGCCGCUCAUCAUCAACGACCCCGCCUUCGUCAAGAAGGUAGCUAACUUCCUCCUCUCCGACCCAGACCUCGAGCACAGCAACCUCUCCAAUAUGGGCUUGACCACCAGGUGCUAG